ACAAGGCCCAGCAGAGACCUGAGAGGGGCUGUGGACAAGGGCCUGCAGGGACAGCACCACGCCCAGUGGCUUCCCACUGACAGCGGGCAGGCUUGGGCUGGAGAUGUGCAAGAAAUUCUUGCCUCUUAGGCUGCUGAGGCCCUGGCCCACGCUGCCCACAGCAGCUGUGGCUGCCCCAUCCCUGGCCAUGUUCCACAAUCCGUCCUUAGGAAUGGGUUUCGUGAUGGUUUGUUAAUUGAUCUCAGAGUGCAAAAAACCUACACGGCAAGGGAGUUUGCAGUAAUAAUAAAAAAUAAAUCUACCUUUAUUGAAUGGCCACAGGAAAAUGUUCUAGGGGGGACAGGGAAAAAGGGAAGAAUAGGGGGAAAAAAAGAGAGAGAAGAAGAGAAAAGAAGGUAUGUAGCUACCAAACGUAGAGAGACAAAGUCCUUCAAAGUCUUCAGUCAUUGGAGUUCACCUGGUCACAUCAGGGGAGAUCUCAGAGAUACUGGUCAACUCAAGCUUCUGUUGUAGUCCUUUUUGGUGGGGGAAGGGGACAAGUGCAGAAAUGGAAUCAAAUGUAAUAAAGAGUAGUCUAUUGUAAUUGCUGAUGGAAAGAUAAAAAAAAAGAGAAGGCAUUGAAGAAGGGUACAGAUAGUCCAUAUUCUCAGCAGUAGGUAAGAACCAUUGUCUUCUUGGUCCAAUGGUUACUCCUGCAAGCAAACAUCUCACUUUGGUCAGCUUGCCUCCCCCACACAGCUCCCCCACGUUAGGGGUUUCAAUCUCAGUCCUUGGGAGGAGGGGGAGCUCCUCCAUAUAGGGGUUUCAUGUCUCAGUCCUUGAGGGAGAGGCUUCUCCCAUCUCAGUCUGUCUGUCACAGUGGUUGUAAAACAGAUGAAGGGUCUCCCAUGGGGACCACCAAGAGUUACCCCAGAAAAGUCCAGCCAAGCUGAGAGGUGGGGAAAUUCCAGGGCUAUUGGUGUGAAAUGGGUGCAGGCAAAAAAGGACAAGGUGCCCCUUUUCCUUUUCAUUAGGUUCAGUGUUCCAUGGCAGCAAACACACCUGCAAAUAGCUUGGCAAGCCAGAAGCUCUGCUCAGGCCUCAGGAUCUUGACAAGCAACCAUCUCAAGCAAAGCCAGAAUUCCAGUCAGGGUCUUUACAGUGGUCCUGAUGUCUGCUCUUGAGACAGUUGUGAGGCAAAAUGAGGGGAACUUCAGACCGUCUCUCACAGGGCUGCUUCUCAUCUGCCCAUGAAGCACUGGGGCUCUGGGCUUUCCUUCCUAAGGGAGAGAGCUGUUCUUCUCCACCAGGGGCCCAUGGCCAAAACUGGGAUUCCUUGCCAAAUUUCCUUAAAUGCAAAGAUUGUUCCCAGAUGAAAUCUGCCAGGAGAGACAGAUUUGGCUGCUUUGGAUACCCAGGGGCCACCUCUCAUCUGCCUUUGAAACACUGGGACCAUGUGCUUUUCUUUCUUAUGAGGAAAAAAACCAUCCAUCUCGAGCAGGCACCCAUGACCAAAAUUGGGAAUCUGCCUCCAAAAUUCCCUGUAUCCAAGGAUAGCUCCCAGGCAAAAGCUGCCAGGACAGACAAGUCUGGCUGGACUUGGCUACCUGAAGAGCUGGCACUCAUCUACCUUUGAAACACUGGGGCUCUGUGCUUUCCUUGCUAAAAUAAAGAACUCUUCUUCCUGUCCAGGUGCCCAUGGCCAAAACUGAGAUUCCAUCUCCAAAAUGCCCUAUGUCCAAGGAUAGUCCCUAGAUGAAAGGUGCCAGGAUAGAGAGGUCUGGCUGGCUUGGCCUAUGGGUGGCCACCUCUCAUCUUUUUUUAGAACACUUGGAAUUCACGCUUUUCUUUCCAAGAGGAAAAAACUAUCCAUCUUGACCAGGCAUCCGUGGCCAAAACUGGGAUUGCACCUCCAAAACUCUGUACAUCCAAGGAUUGCUCCCCAGUGGAAGCUGCCAGGACAGACAUGUCUGACUGCCCUUGGCCUCUUGGGGGCUGCCUCUUACCUCCUUUCCAAACACCGGGACUCAGGGCUUCCCUUCCAAUGGAAAAGAAUCAUUCUUCUUCUCAAGGUGUCUGUGGUCAAAAUUGAGAUUCCUCCUCCCAAAUUCCAUAUAUCCAAGGAUUCCUCAAUGACAAAAGUUGCCAGGACAAACAGGUCUAGCUGGCUUGGCCUCCCAGGAGCCACCUGUCUCCUCUUCUGCCUUUGAAAUUCUUGGGCUCUGCAUUUUCCUUCCUAUGGAAAAGAACCAUCCUUCUUAUCUACACAGAAAUGGCUGAAAUUGGGAAUCCACCUCACAAAUUCCCUAUGUCCAAGGGUUGCUUUCAGACAAAAGCUACCAGGACAGAGAGGCCUGGCUAGCCUAGGCCUCUGAUGGCCACCGUUCAUCUGCCCCUCAAACACCAGUGUUCCAUGCUUUCCUUCCUAUAGAGAAGAACUGUCCUUCAUCUCUGGGUGUCCAUGUCUGAAAUUGGGAUUCUACCUCCAAAAUUCUGUAUAUCCAAGGGCUGCUCCCAGGCAAAAUCUGCCAGUACCAUCAAGUCUGGCUGGCCUUGGCCUCUGGUGAUUGCCCCUACAACACUGGGGCUUGGUUCUUUCCUUCCCAUGGAGAUCCCUGGGACACUGUGGGGACCUCAUGGAACCAAGGGGAUUAUUGUGGCACCACUGGAGCCCAUGGAACCAAGGGGCCGUGGUGACACAGCAGGGCUUCAUGGAACCUAGAGACCAUUAUGGCUCUGUGGGACCUGAUGGAACCAUGGAGAGCAUUAGGACCCUUCAAGGCCUCAUGUCACCAAGGGGGAAUUAUGACACCUCAGGGCCUCAUGGAAGCAAGGGACCAUUGGGACACUAUGGGGCCCCAUGGAGCCAAUGGAACAUGGAACAGGUCUGGUUGGCUUGGCCUCCCAGGGGCCACCUGACAGGUCUGGCUGAUCUUGGAAUGUCAAGGACUGGCUCUCAUCAGCUCCUGGAGCACUGGGGCUGCAUGCUUUCCAUGCUACAGUAAAGAACUAUCCCUCUUUUUAGAUGCCCAUUGGCAAAACUGAUACUUUCCCUAAAAAAUUUCCUCUAUGCAAGGUGGUCACCUCUCAUCUGCCCCUGAAAUACUGGGGCUCUGUUCUUUCAUUCCUUUGGAAAACAACUGGCCUUUCUGCCAAGGGACCAUGGCCAAAAUUAGAAUUUGGUCUCCCAAAUUCCGUAUAUCCAAGCAUUGGUCCCAGACAAAUAUAGCCAGGACAGACAGAUCCCUAUGCCAAGACACUUGAAAUGUCCAACAGCAGCUCCAUCAGCCACUUCCUCCUGCUGGCAUUGGCAGACACGCGACAGCUGCAGCUCCUGCACUUCUGCCUCUUGCUGGGCAUCUCCCUGGCUGCCCUCCUGGCCAACGGCCUCAUCAUCAGCGCCGUAGCCUGCGGCCACCACCUGCACACGCCCAUGUUCUUCUUCCUGCUCAACCUGGCCCUCAGCGACCUGGGCUCCAUCUGCACCACUGUCCCCAAAGCCAUGCACAAUUCCCUCUGGGACACCACCACCAUCUCCUACACAGGAUGUGCUGCUCAGCUCUUUUUCUUUCUGUUCUUCAUCUCAACAGAAUUUUAUCUCCUGACCACCAUGUGCUACGACCGCUACGUGUCCAUCUGCAAACCCCUGCACUACGGGACCCUCCUGGGCAGCAGAGCUUGUGCCCACAUGGCAGCAGCUGCCUGGGCCAGUGCCUUUCUCACUGCUCUAAUGCACACAGCCAAUACAUUUUCCCUGCCCCUGUGCCAUGGCAAUGCCCUGGGCCAGUUCUUCUGUGAAAUUCCCCAGAUCCUCAAGCUCUCCUGCUCCAAAUCCCACAUCAGAGAACUUGGGCUCAUUGCUGUUAGUGCCUCUUUAUCAAUAUGUUGUUUUUUGUUCAUUGCUUUCUCCUAUGUGCAGAUCUUCAGGGCUGUGCUCAGGAUCCACUCUGAGCAGGGACGGCACAAAGCCUUUUCCACCUGCCUCCCCCACCUAGCUGUGGUCUCUCUGUUCACCAGCACUGCAGUGUUUACCUACCUGAAACCCCUCUCCAUCUCCUCCCCAUCCCUCGAUCUUGCCCUAUCAGUUCUGUACUCAGUGGUGCCGCCAGCCCUGAAUCCCCUCAUCUACAGCCUGAGGAACCAGGAGCUCAAGGCUGCAGUGUGGAGACUGAUCACUGGAUACUUUCAGGAACAUUAAACUGCUGGAGAAUUUCUGCAAGUCACUUGUAAUAAAAGUAAUCUUUGAUA